AGGAUCAUGGCGGAUGGCCCCAGGUGUAAGCGCAGGAAGCAGGCGAACCCGAGGCGCAAUAACGUCACCAAUUAUAAUAACGUGGUAGAAGCGAACUCCGAUUCCGAUGACGAAGAUAAAUUGCAUAUAGUGGAAGAAGAAAGUGUAACUGAUGCAGCAGACUGUGAUGCUAGUGUGCCAGAAGAUGACUUGCCAACAGACCAUACAGUAUUACCAGAAAACAGUGAAAGAGAAGGGAGUACAAACAGUUGCUGGGAAGAUGAAGCUGGAAAAGAAACAAAGGAAAUCCUGGGGCCUGAAGCUCAGACAGAUGAAGUUGGAUGUACAGUAAAAGAAGAUGAAUGUGAUUCUGAUGCAGAAAAUGAACAAAACCAUGACCCUAAUGUUGAAGAAUUCCUUCAGCAAGAAGAUACAGCUGUUAUCUAUCCUGAAGCACCUGAGGAGGACCAGAGACAAGGCACGCCAGAAGCUAGUGGUCAGGAUGAAAAUGGAACACCUGAUGCAUUUUCCCAGCUGCUCACCUGCCCGUACUGUGACCGAGGGUACAAGCGGUUCACCUCUCUGAAGGAACACAUCAAAUACCGCCACGAGAAGAACGAAGACAACUUCAGUUGCUCCUUGUGCAGCUACACGUUUGCCUACAGGACGCAGCUCGACCGCCACAUGACAUCACACAAAUCAGGAAGAGAUCAAAGACAUGUGACGCAGUCCAGUGGUAAUCGAAAGUUCAAGUGCACUGAAUGUGGAAAAGCUUUUAAAUAUAAACAUCACCUAAAGGAGCACCUACGAAUCCACAGUGGAGAGAAGCCAUAUGAGUGCCCAAACUGCAAGAAGCGUUUUUCCCAUUCUGGUUCAUACAGUUCCCACAUAAGCAGUAAGAAGUGUAUUGGUUUGAUGCCCGUGAAUGGUCGAGCCCGCUCGGGGCUCAAGACGUCUCAGUGCUCCUCCCCUUCCCUUUCUGCAUCACCAGGUAGCCCAGCAAGACCACAGAUACGACAAAAGAUAGAAAACAAGCCCUUGCAAGAGCAACUUCCUGUUAACCAAAUUAAAACUGAACCUGUGGAUUAUGAAUUCAAGCCCAUAGUGGUUGCUUCAGGAAUUAAUUGUUCGACCCCUUUGCAGAAUGGGGUUUUUAGUGGUGGUAGCCCAUUGCAGGCAACCAGUUCUCCUCAGGGUGUGGUGCAAGCUGUUGUUCUACCAACAGUAGGUCUGGUGUCUCCCAUAAGCAUCAACUUAAGUGACAUUCAAAAUGUACUUAAAGUGGCAGUGGAUGGUAAUGUAAUAAGGCAAGUAUUGGAAAACAAUCAUGCAAAUCUUGCAUCCAAAGAACAAGAAACAAUCAGCAAUGCAUCUAUACAACAAGCUGGCCAUUCCCUCAUUUCAGCUAUCAGUCUUCCUUUGGUUGACCAAGAUGGGACAACCAAAAUUAUCAUCAACUACAGCUUGGAGCAGCCAAGUCAACUUCAGGUUGUUCCACAAAACCUAAAAAAAGAGAACUCUGUUCCUGCAAAUAGUUGCAAAAAUGAGAAAUUACCAGAAGAUCUUACAGUGAAGUCUGAGAAAGAUAAGAACUGUGAAGGAGAGACCAAUGAUAGCACUUGUCUUCUUUGUGAUGAUUGUCCAGGAGAUCUUAAUGCACUUCAAGAAUUAAAGCACUAUGAAACAAAAAAUCCUCCUCAGCCUGGUGGAACAGAAGCUGAGAAGCCCAGCUCCCCUGUCCCAUCAGAAACUGGGGAGAACAACUUAUCUCCUGGUCAGCCACCCUUAAAGAACCUUUUAUCGCUCUUAAAAGCCUAUUAUGCAUUAAAUGCACAACCGAGCGCAGAAGAGCUUUCGAAAAUUGCCGAUUCAGUAAACUUGCCCCUGGACGUGGUAAAAAAGUGGUUUGAAAAAAUGCAAGCUGGACAAAUUUCUGUGCAGUCCUCUGGACCGUCUUCUCCUGAACAAGUGAAGUUAAGCAGUCCCGCAGGUAACGACGAUCAGGCAGCGGCCACAAAUGUCAGUGAGCCCCAGAGCAGCACAGCUAAGCCACAGAAUCCUGGCAGUACAAUCAAAGCCGAGACUUUGCCAGGGGAGUCAGCUCUAAAUGGCUCACGCAGUAGCACACCGUCCCCGUCGCCACUAAACCUUUCCUCAGCCAGAAAUUCACAGGGUUACACGUGCACAGCAGAGGGUGCACAAGAAGAGCCACAAGUCGAACCUCUUGACCUUUCGCUACCAAAGCAACAAGGAGAGCUCUUGGAAAGAUCUACCAUAACUAGUGUUUACCAGAACAGUGUUUAUUCUGUCCAAGAAGAACCUUUGAACUUAACUUGUGCAAAAAAAGAACCACAAAAGGACAACAGUGUUACAGACUCUGAUCCUAUUGUAAAUGUUAUCCCACCAAGUGCCAAUCCCAUAAAUAUUGCUAUACCUACAGUCACUGCCCAGCUACCUACAAUAGUUGCCAUUGCUGACCAGAACAGUGUCCCAUGCUUGAGAGCUCUUGCUGCCAAUAAGCAAACCAUUUUGAUUCCACAGGUUGCUUAUACGUACUCUACUACAGUUAGCCCUGCAGUUCAAGAAACACCUCCAAAACAGACCCAAGCCAAUGGAAAUCAGGAUGAAAGGCAAGACACUAGCUCAGAAGGAGUAUCGAAUGUAGAAGAUCAAAAUGAUUCUGAUUCAACACCCCCAAAGAAAAAGAUGAGAAAGACAGAGAACGGGAUGUAUGCAUGUGAUUUAUGUGACAAAAUAUUCCAGAAGAGCAGUUCAUUAUUGAGACACAAGUAUGAACACACAGGUAAAAGGCCUCACGAGUGUGGAAUCUGUAAAAAAGCAUUCAAACACAAACACCAUUUGAUCGAACACAUGCGACUGCACUCUGGGGAGAAGCCCUACCAAUGUGACAAGUGUGGAAAAAGGUUUUCACACUCGGGGUCUUACUCUCAACACAUGAAUCAUCGCUACUCCUACUGCAAAAGGGAGGCAGAAGAGCGUGACAGCACGGAGCAGGAGGAGACAGGCCAGGAGGUGCUCAACAAUGAGCACGCUGGUGCCAGGGCAUCCCCAUCGCAGAUUGACUCGGAUGAGAGAGAGAGUUUAACCAGGGAAGAAGAGGAAGACAGUGAAAAAGAGGAAGAGGAGGAGGAAGAAAAAGAAAUAGAAGGACUUCAGGAAGAAAAAGAAUGUAGGAAACUACAAGAAGUAGAGGAUGAAGAAGAAGAGGAAGAAGAAGGGAAAAAUGAAGGUAAAAAGAAUGACGAAGCUGUAAAUGAAGCAAGCAAUGCAGAACCAGAGGUUAUACAGAAUAAUGGGCAGGUGCCAGAAGAGAAAAACAAAUAAAGCUAAAAGGAUCCUUUUUUCUAUAAGGAAAAAAAAAAAAGUUGGUAAUGAAGUUGGUUCUAUAUUAUACAUGCUUUUCAUGGAAACGCAGUAGCCUGCAUACUGUGA